AUGCCUCCAACCAAAAGAAAAGCUACCAACGCCCUUGAUCCAUCCGAACGCAAACGAGCACAGAAUCGUAUUUCACACCAAUGUCUACGCGAGAAGAAUAUCACGUACAUCCGUAACCUGGAGGAGACGAUUGAGCUGCUGCAGAAAGUGGCUACUGGCUCAGAUCCUCAAGAUCGGUACUCUGUUCUUCUUGAUGCACAUCUUAAGUUGAUAGCUGAGAACCGGAAGCUAGAAGAUGCUUUGCUGAGACUGCGUAAAAAAUUACUCAGUUUCGGUCAAGCUGCUACUGCCGCUGCUGACGAUGAGGUCUUUGACUCUAUAUUUCGAAGGAGAGAUGCUGAAAACCCAGAAGCGCAGCAAUCUGCACCGAGGACGGAAUCAGUCAAUCACGAAACACCAUCUGCUCUUAAUCCCUCGACCGACAACCAGUCUUUUCAAGACAUCCCGGGGCAGGUCAACCAGACAGAUAUAUUCAAAGACGCGUCGUUUCUUUUAGAUCUGUCCAUGGCGGGCCAAGAACACGACGCUUUGACCCCAAGCACAAUUCAGCCUGGGGAUACCUUCUUAGACCCAGCCAUGUCGUCUUUAUCCCCAAGAUCGCUUUUGUUUGUCCCAAACCAACUUAGUAUCACGUCAAUGUCUAUCUUUGGCUCUAGACUCCUUGGCGCCUGUCGUAGACAUCUGGAUAACCUGAGCGACUCUGGGAAUCGUGCCGAUAUGGUCGACAGGAUAAUCAAGACUGCUGUGCGCUUCUCUAUGCGCUGCGCAGGACUAGAAUCGUAUGCCUAUGGAGUGAAUGGGGCUAAAUAUAUCGAAAGAGUCAUCAGUUGGCGUCUCGGAAUCGGUUCCAAGAAUUCUGUCCCACUGCCAUUCCGCCCUACACCCCUUCAGUCAAAGAAUCCCACGCACUUCUGGGGAAUUGACUUAUUCAACUGGCCUGAAAUCAGGGAUCAGCUCGUCCUCGAGGCCGAAUCCACUGAUUUCGACGAACUGCUCAGAGACCUUGUCUUACACUCGGUCAUAGAACCUGCUAACGACAGCGUCGCAGUCAAUGUUCUCGACAUCUUCGAAAACCAAGUCCUGCGCCGCCGUCAACACCAAAAAGCACCUCCAAGAAGCUACUUCACCGAUCCAUCAUGGACACUAUUCCAGAUCGGUCCUGAGGUUGGGGAAUGGUACUCUUCUGAGCAUGAUAUAGUCGAGGAAGCUAUCUUCCAAGAACUAGAUCGUCAAAUAAACGCCGUGACGCCAAGUCCGGAUGAUGAUCCUCUGGAGGAGAGUCGUACAAACGAUGUAGCCAAGUUUCUGGGUCUUGAUGACUUUUUUGGAUUGUUCGACGGCCAAAACCAUGUCAUGCGUAACCCCGCCCAACGACCAAAAUCCAUCAAAGGUGCCCAGGUUAGCAUCUUGAGUCUAGAUGGCCUUACGUGCGCAUCAUGUGUAUCCGAUGUUCAAGACAUCAUCGGGUCUAUCCCUGGAGUCUUGAAAGCCACUGUUUCACUCGGAUUACUUUGGGCCCAAGUAGAAUUUAACAGCGAUGUUGUGACAGAAGAGGAGAUUAUUGAGGCCAUCCGCUCUUCUGGCUACGGUGCCCAUUCACUGCCUUCAUCUGAAUCUCAGAGCUGGGCUGGUCUAUUGUGUAUGAUGCAAGAACCCUCAAACUCCCAGCGACAUCAUGUUAACUCCUGCCAACGGGACUUUCUCGUGGCAACGACGGCUUCGGUCCUUUUCUUUGCAUCACGCAGCAUCAAAGCCCCAUGGACGACGCAAAACAAUUACAUGAACUUGAUUGCAUAUAUUGCUGUUGCCAUGAACCUACUAGCUGGAUCAGAACUCCAUCUUGAGGCCUUGCGAUCUCCACGGCACGGAAGAAGACCAAAUAUGGCAACUCCUGCAUCACUGGGUAUUAUGCUGGCUCUUAUGCAUGCUGCAGCGGCUGAUUCUCUACAAAUUGGGAUAAAUAGAUCUUAUCACAUGGACUUAAAGUCACUGGAGCCCAUUCCGAUUCUGUCUACGAGUGUCCUCGGUGGCCGUUUGCUCAAGGCCAUCCUCUCCCAGCGUAAUCGGGCCUUCGCGUCCCCGCUCGCAGGUCUGGUACCUACUAUGGCCAUUGUUUGCAACAAAACGGAUGAAUAUACAUCUAUUCCUAUCGACCUCUUGUCCCCUGGCGACAGCGUUAUUGUGAACCAGGGAGAGCACAUACCUUGCGACGGAGCCGUCGAAAGCACAGAGCCAGCUCUAGUCACAGAGACUUGGAUCAACGGCUCCUUGGAGCCCAGAGUAGUUGAGCAUGGGGAUGCUGUAAAUGCAGGCGGUCAGGUACGACAAGGGUCACUCGUCUCUACAGUGCGAGCAUCAAAGUUUGGAGUCCGGUUGGUGACUAGUUAUGCAAGACUACGAAGUGCCGCGUCUGCUCAAACUAUUCUCUUUGACAAGACUGGUACUCUCACGCAUGGAGACCUAAAAGUGACGCAUGCCAGCUUCUGCGAGGAGUGGAGUUCAUCACAGAAGCAAGAUAUACUGUGGAGGGCUGUGCAGGAAGUUGAAGCUGGGAACACCCAUCCAGUUGCCCGAGCGCUCUUCCAAGAGAGUAGCGGAAGGCUAGGAGAGAAGCAAGAAUGGUUACCUAGCUUGAUGGUGUCUGAAUUCAAACACGAACUGGGUCGCGGCGCUCAAGCUGUUGUGACAGCGACUCAUCCCGGGUCCGGCGCCAUCACUCAGAAUUUGGCAAUUGGAAGCCGUGCAUAUAUCGAGAGCUUAGGAGUUGCCGUCGAUCUCAGUCAAAUUCCCGUUCAGAUGAGAAAUGGAAUUACAACGACUGUGGUGCUAGCUAUAGAUGGCAAGCAAACUGCCGUCUAUGUCCUCGAAGACAAAGUUCGCUCCGAUGCUCACCAAGUUAUACGACAACUAAAAGACCUGGGCCUGGCUAUUGGGAUGAUCACGGGUGAUAACGCAGCUUCAGCUACCUCUGUUGCUCGCGAAGUAGGCAUCGAUUCAGAUAUGGUGUUUGCCAAUGCCCUUCCAGAGGAAAAGUCUCUCACUUUGGCCCGGUUUCUCCAGCGCGGCCCGGCUAUGUAUGUGGGCGACAACUACAACGAUAUUUUGUGCUUUGCAUCGGCGUCGUUUAGUAUAUGUGUCGGUGGCUUGGAAAUGCAGUCUGUUGAAGAUGACUGCGCUGACGCGAUGCUGAUGGCUUCGGAGACUUCUCCGCUGAGUCGAAUUCCGUUGAUAAUACGCUUGUCACGGCGUAUGAGCAGUAUUGUGACGCAGAACCAUAGUUGGGCUGUUUUUUACAAUAUCUUGUCUGUGGUCUGGGUACUAGGUAUAUUCGGAUCAGGAUCGCCUUCCCCGUAA